GUCAUAAUCUACCAUUUUUUAUUGUAUGUUCGUUUCAUUGUAAGUAAUAAUUAUGUGAACGCAGCACAUUAAACAAUCAUUACGCUUAGCAUGAGAUUUGUAUUGGCAAAAGCCGUUAAUCUAUCGAGAUGUUUUAAGUAUCCAAACGGUGUUUUUUCGAAUUACACUUCAAAGAUCAGAAAUAUGGCGUCCGAAGUGGAAAAAGCACACAUUGCUACGCCCGGUGGAGACACAAUUUUUGGAAAAAUAUUACGUAAAGAGAUUCCUUGCAAUUUCAUUUAUGAAGACGAUCAAUGUGUUGCUUUCCACGAUAUAAAUGCCCAAGCUCCAGUUCACUUUCUGGUCAUUCCUCGUAAAGCAAUUUCACAAUUAUCAACGGCCGAAGAUGAGGAUGAAAAUCUCUUGGGUCAUUUAAUAAAUGUUGCCCGCAAAGUAGCAAAACAAGAGGGACUGAAGGAUGGAUUUCGCCUAGUAGUUAACGACGGUAAAAAUGGAGCUCAAUCUGUAUUUCAUCUGCACAUACAUAUUCUUGGUGGGCGACAAAUGCAAUGGCCACCUGGUUAGUCGUAUCAAUGAUAUAAAUAAUAUAAUAUACAAAAACACUUUUGUACGUUUGCUAAUGCGAAUAAAA